GAGUUGCUGCUUCACUCGAGGAACAUCAUUCAUUGGAAAACACGCCGAACGCUAUCUAAUUAUCUAUGCAUGUGCAAAUGGCGGUGACCAUGCAACUCACCCCCUUUAUCCCUAAACUCCGACGACUACGAAGUUCUCACAACCUUAAUUUUCACAACAAAACAGCUGCAACAUCGAUCAUCGCUUGUUGCUCUGCUCGCAAUUCUUCAGAAGCAGAGGUUUUAGUGUCAGAGUUCAAUCCUAAGAUUCCCAUAGAAGAAGCUGUGACACCCCCAACAUCAUGGUACACUGACCCUUCUUUCUUCCAACUUGAGCUCCAUCGCAUCUUCUACCGAGGCUGGCAAGCUGUCGGAUCAACAGAGCAGAUAAAGGAUCCCAAUAGCUUUUUCACUGGAAGACUAGGAGAUGUGGAAUUUGUGGUCUGUCGAGAUGAGAGUGGGAAGCUUCAAGCCUUUCACAAUGUGUGUCGACAUCAUGCCUCUCUUCUUGCUUCUGGAAGUGGACACAAGUCCUGCUUUGUCUGCCCAUACCAUGGAUGGACGUAUGGGUUAAGUGGGGCACUUCUUAAGGCAACUAGGAUAUCAGGAAUGCGGAACUUCAAUGUAAAGGAUUUUGGGCUUAUACCAAUUAAAGUAUCUACCUGGGGACCUUUCAUUCUUCUCAAUCUCGAAAAAGAGAGUCUUCCUCUGAUGGAAAUUGAUAGUACUUAUGUAGCAAAAGAAUGGCUUGGUAGCUGUUCAGAAAUAUUGAGUACCAACGGAAUUGAUUCUUCGUUAAAUUAUGUUUGUAGACGUGAAUACACCAUUGAUUGCAAUUGGAAGGUAUUCUGCGAUAACUACUUGGAUGGUGGCUAUCAUGUUCCUUAUGCACAUAAAGGCUUAGCAUCCGGUCUUAAGUUUGAUUCUUAUUCUACCACAAUAUUUGAAAGAGUUAGCAUCCAAAGUUGUGAAGGCAGCUCAGGGGAAAGCAAAGACAAUUACGACCGACUUGGAAGAAAAGCUAUAUAUGCUUUCAUUUACCCAAACUUCAUGAUUAAUAGGUAUGGACCUUGGAUGGACACCAAUCUUGUACUUCCACUAGGACCCAACAAAUGUCAAGUGGUAUUUGAUUACUAUCUUGAACACUCUCUAAAGCAUGACAAGGAUUUCAUAGAGUUAAGUUUACAAGACAGUGAGAAAGUGCAGAUAGAAGAUAUUGUGCUGUGUGAAGGUGUUCAGAAGGGUCUCCAAUCCCCGGCAUAUUAUGUGGGUAGGUAUGCCCCUAAAGUUGAGCAGGCCAUGCACCAUUUUCAUUGUCUGCUUUAUGAAAACCUAAAAAAAUAAAUUCCAUGACUAGGUAUGUGUGUGUGAAUUUGAAUUUGAUGCAUGCCAUGCAUGCAAUUACUCCAUUUGCAAUAGUAGUGGUGUUAAAUUCUGCAUGCAAAUUGCUGACACCAUUGUUUAUUUAUUUUAUUUUUUUCCUUUGAAUGAUUCAAGAUGCUUUAAGGCGUAGAGAGGCUAGGUUUUUCACAUGUGCACCCUAAA